GCUCGAACGGAAGACAAAUCCACGAAAUCAACCGAACGGGUAAAAUCGAGUCAAAAUACGAAAUCGACCAAUCAAUCCGGCGUGGAGGUUAAUCUUCCGGCGAUAUCAACUCGGGGUAGCGGCCGGAUGCGACAACGGUGACGGACGCUGGCGAUGAGCAGCGACUGGCGGCGUUGCAAUCGACGGCGGCGGACGACCGACGAAGGCGAAACAGCGGCGUUGCACUCGACGGCGAGGAUGGCCGCUGUGCAAAGGGCGACGGCGGCGCUCGAUUCCGGCGAAGGCGAAGCAGCAGCAGGAAGCUCGGCGACGGCGGCUGGAGGCUCGGCGACGCUGAGCGGCGGCUACUGGCGAAGGAAGCAGCGGCGGCGCUUCAACUCGGCGGCGCUGCAAUCGACGGCGGCGAUGAGCGACCGGCGCUGGCAGUGGAGGCGACGGACUUCCGGCGAAGGAUGGGCAGCGAUUGGCUUCCGGCGACG